AUGUGGUGUUGCAGUGUAGACUGCUCCAAGGCAUCACAGAGAUUUGGAUCAGCACUAGUUAUAGAAGGACAGUUAAACUUGAAAAAGGAAUGUUAUGCCAAAGAUUUUCAACCCAUUGAUGAUAAAUGUUCUUGUUCCACAUGUACUCAUUAUACUAGAGCUUAUUUACAUUCCAUUGUCACACGUGAAACAGUUGCCUGCCAUUUACUUUCUGUUCACAAUGUAGCAUUUCAGAUGAACUUAAUGAGGUCAAUCCGUGAAAGCAUCAAAGAAAACAAGUUUCCUGAAUUUGUUAAAGAAUUUAUGCAGAAAGUCUAUCCUGAUCAUCGGUAUCCUAAAUGGGUAUAUGAUGCAUUGCUCUCUGUAAAUAUUCACUUACCCAUGGUUAAUAGUUGAUAAUUAUUGAGGAUAAUUAUUUAAGUCCAAAAAUUUUAUUGGUUUUAUGACAAAAUCAAAUUUUAAUAUAUUAUCAUUCCAAAAGCUUUUUAUUUUUCUUUUAUUUUUGUUUGAAUUAAUUAACUUUUUACAGUGAUAAUACUUCAUAGCAAGUGAGACUUAUUAUUAAUGUGGUAGAUAUAAUAAUUGUAUGAUAUAAAAGCCAGAUGUCAAAAUUCUUAUUAUAAAUUAUAUUAAAAAAAUACCUUAGUUUAUAGAAAUUUUUAAUAGGAUACAACAGUAUAGAAUCUGCUUAUUUAUUUUAACAGAUUCUAUGUUUUAACAUUUGUUUC